UCGUCAGAAAGGAAGUCUGGCUGAAACAGGACAUGGUUCAUUAGCCGUCUUUGGUCUGGUGAAGAAGAAGAGGGAGAAACUCGGGGCUGUUGAUGAGGCGGUGCUCCAGACGCCAUGUGACUCGGCCUCGUCUCCGGAGCUGAAAGAGCGCUUCUGUGACUUUUUUGUAGACGUUUAUGGGGACCAUGUGCAGCAUUUUAAGGUGUUGCAGGACCGCUCCAGUCAGUACUUUAUUUGGGAGGAGGUCUUCUCCUCGCUAAACGAACUGGUAGAGUUUUACCACAGCAACAGCAUCGCUAAAGAGAGGACCGUCUUCCUGAGAGACCCCGAGCACUUCGCCAGGCGCCCUCACCACGCCCACGCUCUGUUUGACUUCACCCCCCAUCACCCCUCCCAGCUGCACUUUUUCCGGGGCGACGUCAUCGACCUCCUCGACUGCUCCGACUCGCUGCGCUGGAGGGGCCGUUGCCACGGCCGCGUGGGCUUCUUCCCCCCGGAAUACGUCCAGCCCAUUUACCAGUGUCAGUGACCGGCCCUGCCAAUCAAACACGCGGCCGCUCCCCGAUUAGCCAAUCAGCUGCCACUCAAGGACUGACCCCGCCCCCUAAAAGCGAGCCGACGGAUAAGCUCGCUGACCACUGGGAAGUCGGAGACCUGUAUAGAAGUGAUGGCUCCUCCCACAACCCGUGACGCCCCCGUCAGUCUGCCACCUCCAUCAGUCUACUGCCGCCUCCGUCCGUCUACUGCCGUCUCCGUCCAUCUACUGCCACCUCCGUCAGUCUACUGCCGCCUCCGUCAAGUCUACUGCCGUCUCCGUCCAUCUACUGCCACCUCCAUCA